AUAGACUUCUACAAGCUCAAGCCAAAAAAUUUGCAGAAUUGUUAGGUAUAUCUGAAACUGAUUUCAAGGCGAGUCAAGAAUCUGAAAGUGUGCUUAUGGAAGACCUUCCUAAUCAAUGGCAAAAAUUAGUCGAAUUACUUUUGCAAUAUAAGCCUGAAGAUGUUUAUAAUGCAGAUGAAACUGGUCUCUAUUAUCG